GGGUAGGUGCAAGUUUCGUAGUAGUAGUAGGAAGUAGCGGUUUCAAAGACAUGGGAUACUUUGAGCUCUCAUUGUACCCAUCCUUAUCAUGCCACGCGUGUAUGGUUUAAUAACAAAAAUGUCUGCCUUCUUUGUCGCCUUUUCCAUCCCUUAGGACUGCAAGACAGGGCUCCGACUGAACUUGAGCUGAAAUCUCGGCACACUUGCCCUGCUGCUGGAUGGAUCAGACAGGGAUGGAGGCGGAUCAGUCCCGCUUGGAAUAACUCGUGAUUUCUUUUCUUCUGGGGCCUGAUUUAGCAAAGACCUAAAACAAAGACCACGUAAAAGGGACGCGGAGUUAUACAGGGCUGGACUAUGGGCUGUGUAAAGAGCAAAGAGGACAAAGGCCCAGUCAAGUACCGUCCGGAGAACUCCACUGGUUCUGACCCAAUCGCAACCACCACACAGCACACGGGCCACUAUGGACCAGACCCAACCCAGCAGCAGCAGCAGAGCCAGCCCCCCUCGUCCAGCACCGCAUCUGGGAACUUCAACCACAACAUCACUCCUUUCGGAGGCUCCUCGUCGACCAUCACUCCCUUCGGCGGGGCAUCUUUCUCUGGGCCGGUGUCCAACUCAUUCUCAGGAGCUGUAUCUGGCGGCGUUACAUUCUUUGUGGCCUUGUAUGACUAUGAAGCCAGAACUUCUGAUGAUCUGUCCUUCAAAAAGGGAGACAGAUUUCAGAUCAUCAACAACACAGAAGGAGACUGGUGGGAGGCGCGCUCCAUCAACUCCGGGAAGAAAGGCUACAUCCCCAGCAAUUAUGUGGCCCCCGCUGACUCCAUCCAGGCUGAAGAGUGGUACUUUGGUAAAAUGGGCCGGAAAGACGCUGAGAGGUUGUUGCUGGUUCCAGGGAAUCACAGAGGAACAUUUUUGGUGCGGGAAAGUGAAACCACUAAAGGUGCAUUCUCUCUUUCCAUUCGAGACUGGGAUGAAGCCAAAGGAGAUAACGUGAAGCACUACAAGAUCCGUAAGCUGGACAGUGGAGGGUACUACAUCACAACGCGGGCACAGUUUGACACGUUACAGAAGCUUGUCAAACAUUACACAGAGCAUGCAGACGGCCUGUGCCACAAGCUGACCACAGUUUGCCCCACGGUUAAACCUCAAACGCAAGGACUGGCCAAGGACGCGUGGGAGAUUCCCCGGGAGUCCUUACGCUUGGAGCUCAAAUUGGGACAAGGCUGCUUUGGAGAGGUCUGGAUGGGAACGUGGAACGGUACAACAAAGGUAGCCAUAAAGACACUCAAACCAGGAACUAUGUCACCAGAAGCCUUCCUCCAAGAAGCUCAGAUCAUGAAAAAACUACGUCAUGACAAACUGGUACCUCUUUACGCAGUGGUGUCUGAGGAACCCAUCUACAUAGUCACAGAGUACAUGGCUAAAGGAAGCUUGUUGGAUUUCCUGAAAGAGGGUGAUGGGAAAUUCCUAAAACUGCCAUUGCUGGUGGACAUGGCUGCACAGAUUGCAGAUGGCAUGGCUUUUAUUGAGAGGAUGAACUACAUUCACAGGGACCUACGAGCCGCCAACAUUCUCGUGGGUGAAAAUCUGGUGUGCAAAAUUGCCGACUUUGGUCUGGCCAGGUUGAUAGAGGACAAUGAGUACACAGCCAGGCAGGGGGCUAAGUUCCCUAUUAAAUGGACAGCUCCAGAGGCAGCCCUGUAUGGCCGCUUCACUAUUAAGUCCGACGUCUGGUCUUUCGGCAUCUUACUCACCGAGCUCGUCACCAAAGGCAGAGUGCCCUACCCAGGUAUGGUGAACCGGGAGGUGCUGGAGCAGGUGGAGAGGGGCUACCGCAUGCCGUGUCCCCAGGGCUGUCCCGAGUCUCUGCACGAAAUGAUGAAGCUGUGCUGGAAGAAAGAGGCAGACGAGAGGCCUACCUUUGAGUACAUCCAGUCCUUUUUGGAGGACUACUUCACAGCCACAGAGCCACAAUACCAGCCCGGGGAGAACUUGUAACCCGCUCCCUUUCAACUUGUACCUCCGUGUCAAAGAGGAAAAAUAUCGACUGUAACACUAAUACAUAUGACCGAAAAUAGCAUAGAGUCAACAACCACUACCUGAUGUAUCACCUGUGCCCAUUGUCCUCAGUAUUUCAUGUUCUAUGUUCUUUUUAUUUAUGAUACGUCACAAAUCAUAUACUUAUACUGUGUACUUGAGCAGGACAUGUGUUUUGAAUGUUACUGGCAUUUUGUGAGGAAGAUGUGCAGUAUGUGAAAUAAGCUGUGAUCAUGUCUUACUUACAAUAAUAAUUAGUAAUUUAUAUAUUAGAUCAAAAAUGUAUUAAAUUAAAAGUUAAAUUAUUGGCAAAAAUUAUAUAUCACCAAAGUUUAGUUCAGUGGUAAUUAUUUGUUGGCUAACCUCACAUGUUGUACACAGGUGCAAUUUUUCUGUUAGAAUUCCAACUUUUUCCCUGUUAUUUAAUCACUCCAUUUCAUUCAUUUUCAUCUUUCAUAUCACACAUUUUCACUCUGGCCAUAAUCAUAAUCACAUAAUCAUUAUUUUACCAGACUAACAAAUGUCCUUAUUGUUCACCACCCAGGCUGUAUAGUCUGAUCUCAGCCUGACAGCUGAAGUGCUGACAAAGGGGAGAGCUUGAUGACCCUUAUGAACUGAAAUCAUGACCAACCAUAAUGUACACAUCAAUUAAUGUGUUUCUACUGUGUUUUUACUGUGGAAUACAAGCAAGCCUAAAUGUGUCUCAUGGGACCUUAGAUGUUAGUUAUGCCAUGUUAGAUAUUUCCAUUUUCUCCUUUCUAAACUGCAGUAUUAUGGCCAUUUUUGAUGAAUGACUGAUUUUGUGGCUUUGUAUAUUACAAAGUAGCCUACCCUUUUUAUAACUGCAUUACAUAUUAUACUCCAAUUGAAUGGGAACAUGUGGGGGAUAAAUCGUUUUUAGAAUAAAACUUCAUUUUACAC